AUUUGAUCGUUACUAGAUAAAUUACCAGAGACGGGAGUUUGCUCUGUAUUGAAGGUUCACUCAUACCACGGCUGUAUUCAGUUCUAUCUUGCAUAUGCGGCCUUAACUAUUUAUGCCUCGCAUUAUUGCCUAAAUUUAGUCUCAUUUUAUGAAGGCCCCCUGCUGACCUGAAGCAGCAGGGUCACAGAGCUAUGCAGUAUGACUGGAAAAGAGACACCUGCACUUGUCAGAUCUACCAGGGAAGACCUUCCCUGUCCCUGAUUUUUGCUGACGACGCUUCCAAGCAAAACUUUGCCGAGGCACUGCCCACAGAAAUGAGUUUAAAAAUCUUCAGCGAGCUGGAUGUCAGAAGCCUGUGCAGCGCGUCGCUGACGUGUAAACAGUGGAAUGACAUCAUUGAGAAGAGUGACCACUUGUGGAGGAGCCACUGCCAGUCUAUGAUGGCAGUGUGUCACAGAGAGGUCAACGGGGACAGACAAAACGGGUACUCAUGGAAGGUCACACUAGUGCGUAACUACAGGAAGGGCCGCGUGAAGAGGAACUGGCUAAAGGGACGUUACAGCAAUAUCCACGCGGCGGAAGAGCUUCCAGCCAACAGCAUGUGUCCACUGGAUGUAGAGACCUGGGGGGAGAUCCUGGAAGCGGAGCUGGAAAGAUAGCACAAAAAAAGAAAAAAAAAAAAAAGACAGCUGCGAUCAUGUGGAAUGAAUGAAAAUAUACGAGGGUCUUAAAACUGAAUUCAGUCAUGCCCAAAGCACUUGCUGAUAUCGUGUGUCGUGUGGACAAGGACAAUUUUAGUUGAUUUCCAAUGACGGAGUGAUUGUGUAAAUAUUUUAUGUGUUUGUGGUUUCGGAAUUAUGAACGAACUGAUCAAAGUAGAGUGAGGGUCAGGACAUCUGGGAUGAUACUGUGCCUGAACAGUUUUUUUUUUUUAUUCUGAAUUUAACAUUUUUAGAAUGGUUAUUAUCAUUAUUUUUCAAUGAAAAUUGUCUCACACGUCACCUGUUUUAUACUGACAGAAAGUUAUGAUGUGAUUAUCAAUCUAGUAUUGAUUACUAACGCCAAAACUGCCUGAGGGUUGAGGUCCAUACAAAUUUAUUUGCAAUUUCUCUUUAUCGUGUUUUUUUUUUUUUUUUUAAUCCUGCAGGCUUGCAGGAAUAUACCACUUUGCAAAGUAACACCCAUAAGCUAAGACUUUUCUCAUCAUAUUAUUUUAGUUUCUUUUAUAUAAAACAAUGCUGCAAACAUUUCUCUUAAAAUUGUUCAAUCAAUAGAAAAGCAUUAAACAAAAGAUCAUUUGUGCU